CCGGCUAGGGUUUCUAGUUUCCCCUCUCACUUUGAUCUGACUUUCUACUCCAUCACGACGCCGUAUUGGAUUCUGUCUUCGCCGCUGCCAUGUACGGCCACAGGGGGGCAUUGUUUGGGAGCGGGGGGGUGUCGGACGGGUACGAGAUCGGCUCAAAGAGACCAAGAAUGAUGGAAUCGAGUCCCUACUUCGCAGUGAGGAGCAGCACCAGUUCAGGCGCUUACCCGGCACAAGGCUACGACAGCAGAUACUCCUUUCCCGUGGUUCGUCUGAGAGGCCUCCCAUUCAACUGCACCGAUGCCGACAUCUUCAAGUUCUUCGCGGGGCUCGACAUCGUGGACGUCUUCUUGGUGAACAAGGACGGGAGAUUCUCCGGAGAGGCGUUUGUUCUCUUUGCAGGGCCUAUGCAGGCUGAUCUCGCUCUCCGGAGGGACAGGCAGAACAUGGGGAGACGAUACGUGGAGGUGUUUAGGUGCAAGAAGCAGGACUAUUACCACGCGAUAGCAUCUGAGGUGAAAGAAGGAUCUCAUGGUAGUGUCGGGCGUCGAGGGUCGCCACCGCCUGCGCGGCGAAAGAGGUCUCCGGUAAAGGAGAGGAUGGAGUAUACAGAGAUCUUGAAGAUGCGCGGCCUGCCUUACUCGGUGAGGAAGUCGGAGAUCUCGAAAUUCUUCGAAGACACCGUGAGUGUGGAGGAGGAGAAGAUUCACAUCCCGUGCCGGUCCGAUGGGAAAGCGACGGGGGAGGCGUACGUGGAGCUUGGUUCGGUGGAAGAGGCGAGGAAAGCCAUGUGUAAGGACAAGAUGAUGAUUGGAUCAAGAUAUGUGGAGUUGUUUCCUUCAACACCUGAAGAAUUGAGGCGAGCUGCAUCAAGAUCUCGUUAGUGAAUUUUAAUAUAGAGUUCAAGUUUCCUCUGCUUUACCUCUGUUGUUAACUUAGAUCCACACAUUUUAGUUGUUUUACUACAUUGAAACUUGAGUUUUGAGUUAAAUUGUGUUAUUCCUUAA